AUGUCUGUCAGCGCGGCCAACCCCGUUUCCCAAACCAGCUACGAUAAGAACCAUGAAUCCUACGAUAAAUUCCGCCCAGGAUACACAGAAGAGACGGUAUCCACGGUUGUUGAGGUGUGCAAACUUAGCGAGAAGAGCCAUGUUGUAGAAGUGGCUGCCGGAACCGGAAAGUUCACUGGCGAGCUGGUGAAGGUAACCAACGCGCGAAUCACAGCGGUGGAGCCUUCAACUGGAAUGCUAGAGUCUUUCCGCAAAAAUUUCCCAAACAUUGAGGCUAUUCAAGCCUCCAGUUUCGCGAUUCCGCUGCCUGACGCCUGUGCGGAUGCCAUUAUUGUGGCCCAGGGGUUCCAUUGGUUUGCCACGCACGAAUCCUUGGCGGAGUUUGCUCGCAUUCUCAAACCAGGCGGAGUGCUCUGCUGUGUAUGGAAUUACGAGGAUUUUGAUGCGUUAUCCAAAGACAGCUGGCAGUACCGCACUGUCAAAUUGUGUCACGGCCUCGACAAGAACGUGCCCCAGUACAACCAUAUGAACUGGCCCAAAGCGUUCGACAACCAGCCGUGGUUUGCUCCAUAUAAGGAGGUUAAAUUCCCCUACGAAAAGUCUAUACCCUCACGCGAGUUUUAUUGGAAUCUGUGGCGGACUCGGAGCUACUUGACAGCACUGGACCCUAGUGAAUUGGAGAAGGUCCACGACCAGUUUGAAAAGAUUAUGGACGAAAGUCUAAGUAAAGAGGAAAUCCAGCCCGACGGUUCGUUUAAUGCCAAGCGAGGAGGCCACGUUAUUUGGGCCACGAGAAACUAA